UCAAAAUCGGGUAUCGGUAUAUGUAAUCUUAAUAAAUUUAACUCUGAAAACAAGCUACCUACCUAUUUCAAACCAAGAUUUUUUGCAGCUUAUUUUCGGGAAUUUAUGUGCCAAUGGAUAAUAGUGCUGGAACAACCGACAGAGGAACAUGGGUCGAUCCUCAACCAGCCCGCCGUCCCGGACGACGGGGCCGGGGCUUAUCGCUAG